AUGUUUCUUAUCAGUCGCUGUUUCACUCACCAAUUGAUGACAUUUUCGAAUGCGAAAAUGCCACCGAAAAUUGCUGUGUUAGGUGCGGGAAUUAUUGGAGUUUCUUCCGCAUUGGCUAUUCAGCAAAUUUGUCAGAAAAAUGUCGAGGUACUUAAAAAAGGUCAGAUAGAAAUGGAUGAUGAUAAUUUUAGGUUACUAUCAUCGCAGAGAGAUUUUCGCCAGAUACAACAAGUGAUGUUGCUGCUGGAUUAAUUGAACCAUUUUUAGCUGGAUCCGAUGUUGAAAGAGUCAAGUGAGAUUUCUUAAAAAUGAUGUGCUCAGAAACAAAUAUUUUUUUUUAGAGAAUGGACUCGAUUGACUAUUGAAAGGAUAAAAGAAUAUAUGUCGGAAGGAAAUUUGGGAGCCGAAGAAAAAUCGGGAUAUUGGAUGCAAAGUGUGAAAGAAGUUCCAGAUUGGUUGAAAUUGAUGAAAAAUGUGAAAGUUUUGAAUGAAUCUGAAGUUGCGGCAAUUCGCAAAAGGCCAGGACAUAAUUUCGGAGUAUUUUAUACAACUUGGUAUUUGGAACCGACUAGAUAUAUUGAUUACUGUACCAAGAAAAUUAUGGAGAAUGGAGGAAAGAUCAUUCAAAGAAAAAUCGAGAAUAUUGAUGAACUUGGAAAUGAUUUUGAUGUUAUUGUAAAUUGUACAGGUCUUGGAUCAAGAGUUCUUUUCAAUGAUGAAACAAUUCGACCAUGUCGGGGACAAAUUGUUCGAGUUUCUUGUCCACAAGUUCGACACUUUUUUAUCGACGAUGACUUUUAUACUCUCAUCAAGUUAGUUUUCAAUUUGAGAUAAAGUUUUUGAUUCAAAAUUGUUUCUAGCGACAGUUGUUUGAUUUUGGGUGGCACAAAAGAUCUGGAUCAAUGGGAACUUGAAGUAAAUUCAAAAACAGCUCAAAAAAUAAUCGAAGGAAACUGCCAGAAUAUUCCAUCUCUUCGACACGCCAAAAUAUUAUCUCAUCAUAUUGGACUUCGGCCAUGUCGACCAACUGUGAGACUAGAAAAAGAGAUCAAAAAUGUUUGUUUUUAGUUCUAAUACAACAUCGUUUUUCCAAAGAUCUAAUUCGAAUUCUUUUUCAGAACUAUCCCCCAAUUAUUCAUAAUUAUGGACAUGGUGGAUCUGGUGUGACAAUUCAUUGGGGAUGUGCUCUCGAAACUGCUGAAUUGGUCAAUAAAACAAUUAUCGAGAGAAAAUCACACCUUUGA